AUAGUUAUUUUAAAAUAUUUCAAAUGAAAAACGAAUAAGAAAAAAUUGGAUGAGUGAUACAUUUCUUGGCAGACACUUGACUGAACCUGAGAAUUCAGAGUGUAGAAUCCAUUUACAUCAGAAGAAUUCGUCAGUGAAAGAAUCGUUUUCUUCAGAUCUCACAAUUAGAGAGCGAUGGAAUAUCUAGGGAUUGAUCUAAGCUGCGCCGUUGGAUCUCUCCGCCACGGCCAGUUCCCGGAGAAGGAUUGCUUGCUCCCUCUCAUUUCCAAACUCCUCGGCUACGCCAUCGUCGCCGCUUCCACCACCGUCAAACUUCCCCAGAUUAUGAAAAUUCUGAAGCAUCAGAGUGUGAGAGGCCUUAGCAUGAUAUCCUUCGAGCUUGAAGUUAUUGGAUAUACCAUUGCCUUGGCUUACUGUCUCCACAAAGGCCUUCCAUUUUCGGCUUACGGAGAGUUGUUGUUUCUUUUGAUCCAAGCUUUAGUAUUGGUUGCCAUAAUCUACUACUAUUCUCGACCUUUGCAUGCAAUAACAUGGAUCCGGGCAUUGCUAUAUUGUGCUGUAGCACCCACUAUCUUAGCUGGUCAAAUUGAUCCUCUACUCUUUGAAGCUCUGUAUGCAUCACAGCAUGCAAUCUUUCUCUUUGCAAGGAUCCCACAAAUAUGGCAAAACUUUUCUAACAAAAGUACAGGUGAACUCAGCUUCAUAACUUCUUUUAUGAAUUUUGGAGGUUCAAUGGUUAGAGUAUUCACCACCAUCCAAGAAAGUGCACCAAAAAGUGUUCUAUUGGGCUAUGCAAUUGGUGUCGCAACAAAUUUUACCAUCUUGAGUCAGAUUAUAGCAUACCAAAAGCCUCAGGUUGGAAAGGAGAAGAAAACAAAGUAAUAGAACCGUAUCAGGUUGUGUAUAUCUCAUCAUCCGGGCCAACCCUCUGCAGGUGCCACGGCAUCCAGUCCAUACACAGAAUUUUGUCAGUCUUCAAUCGAACAUUACCUUAUUUCAGAUUUCAACUGCUGCUAGGUGAUUAUUAUCAUUUUUAUUUUGGACUGUAGGCAGCAGUGUAAAAGUAACAGGUGAUUAUUAUCAUUUUUAUUUUGGUACCUGAGAUACUUGAGCUUCAUGAUUUUAUCGUUAUUUAUCAAAGCUAAAAUUUAAAGGAUGCA